UCUAGCUCAUCUAGCUCGUGUAAUUUUCUUUUCUAUGUCAUUCACUGUGUCAAAGUUAAAGCCCCGGUGAAACUCAGGCGAUGACAUUACGUUCGGGACAUCACAGUCUAUCACAACAGCACACUCAACAGCAGCAGCUCUAGUAGUUAUGGAGAGUUUUAAUUUGAAGGAACUUCAUUUAGACAUGAACAUCAACUGGACGCCGAUGUUUGGAGCCACAGUUUGCGGCGCAGGCGCGAUUCUUCUCUUCUGGAAAUGGAGAAAUAACCUUAAGAUUCAGAAGAAAAUACUAAACGCACGGAGAAGAAGAGAUAAAUCACUUCAGCAGGCUGAACAAGCGGUGCAGCAAUUUAAAAUACAGAACCCAGGUUUCGAGAGCAGCUCUAUAGUGUCUCUGUCUUUGUCGGAGCUCACUGGGAAACUGCAGGACGGCUCUCUGCAGCCUGAUGCCGUGCUUUAUGCCUUCAUGGAGAAGUCUCUGGAGGUGAACAGGAAUCUGAACUGCGGCACUGAGAUGUUAAUGGAGUCUGUGGCGCAACUGAAAGACAUGAACACUCAAAAGAAAGGCCUUCUGUAUGGAGUCCCCAUCAGCAUCAAGGACAACGUUGGAUAUAAGGGUCAUGAUUCUUCAUGUGGAGUGGUGAGUAAAUUGGAUCAGCCGGCGGUCAUGGAUAGUGUGGUGGUUACAGUGCUUAAGAAGCAGGGAGCAAUACCCUUCAUCAAGACCAACAUACCGCAAGGUCUUCUUAAUUAUGACUGUGGUAACCCCAUUUAUGGACAAACCUUAAAUCCCUAUAACCUCCAAAAGACAUCCGGCGGUUCAUCCGGAGGGGAAGGAGCUCUGAUUGGAGGAGGAGGCUCCAUUCUGGGCCUGGGCACUGAUAUUGGUGGGAGCAUUCGUAUCCCAUCAGCCUUCUGUGGGAUCUGUGGGUUUAAGCCUACAGCUAGAAGACUAAGUACGCGAGGAAUUGACACUUGUGUGAAAGGCCAAAAGUCAGUUUUGUCCUCUCUUGGUCCUUUGGCACAAGACGUCGAGAGCUUGGCACUGUGCAUGAGGGCACUGCUCUGUCAGGACAUGUUCAGCUUGGACCCCACCAUCCCUCCAUUACCAUUCAACCAAGAGGUGUAUGAGAGCUCAAAGCCCCUGAGGAUUGGUUAUUAUGAGAACGACGGUUACCUGCAGCCGUCUCCAAGCAUGGCCCGGGCCGUCAGGGAGACCAAGGACCUGCUGGAGAGAGCGGGACACACGCUUGUUCCUUUCCCACCGCUGCGCCUCUAUAAUAUCUUCCAUGAAUUGGCUCUCAGGGGAAUCUUGGGUGAUGGAGGUGAAACCCUCUUCAGACAUCUGAAGACUGGCCCCCUUGACCCCUGUCUCUGCACUCAGCCCGCAAUAUUGCGCACUCCGCAGUUCAUCAGGAAGCUGCUUUCAUUUCUGAUCAAGCCUUUUUUUCCAAGGAUUUCUGCAAGCUUGCACGGCACCUGUGGACAUGGGUCUAUAGCUGAAUUAUGGCGGCAGCAUGCAAAUGUUGAGGAAUACAUACAGGAGGUGAUAGCGGAGUGGAGGAGACUGGACGUGGAUGUUUUGUUGUGUCCCAUGCUUGGACCAGCCUUCAAUUUCCGCUACUGUGGCCGUCUUAACAAUGCUCUCAGUUACACCACCCUCUACAACCUGCUGAACUUCCCUGCCGGCGUGGUGUGUGUGUCUGCGGUGACGGAGGACGACGAGGCUCAGCUCCGCCAGUAUAAUGGAACACAUGGUGAUCCGUGGGACAAACUCUUCCUUCAGGCGGUGAAGAGUGGCGUUGGUCUCCCGGUGGCGGUUCAGUGUGUAUCUCUGCCGUGGCAGGAUGAAAUGUGUCUGCGCUUCAUGAGGGUAGUUGAACAGCUCACAGCCAAAGACAAACUCACCAGGAAACUCACCAACGUUUGCUGCUAACAGUUCAGUCCAGGUGAGCUAAUAUGAGACACGGAAUCUGAGGACAGAAACUUCCAGUCUCAGCAUCCUACAGAUCAGAUUUUAAUAAUCGUAAUAAAUGUAACAGGACUGUAAUAAUGUUUUAAUCAUGUUUACAAAUGAACGUCCCAGAAAUUGUGAGUUCUCUUUCUUCUAUCUUAGAAUAUUAUGCAGGAAUUACUGUGUGUGUACGACUGUGUGUGUAGGUUGAUCCAACUACAGUGGCAGAUAAGGAAAACCUAUUUAAAAUCAGGAUUUAUAUGUUGCAAUAACGUUUGGUGAAGCUACCGGUGCUACAAUUACAGCCUACAUCAUCAUCAACGAACAUCUCGAUCAUUGUUCACAAAGUUUUAAUGAAACUUGAAUAUUUGCACUCGAUGUAGAAGCUAGAUGUCUUCAUCAAGACUUGAAUAUGAAUGUAUGUCUAUCUCUGAAUCAUUUUGUGUAAUUUAAUGCCUCACAAAUUCAUUAAACUGAAAUGAAUCGGAGCCGUACAUCA